GCCGCAUUUUCGCUGCCUCUAAUCCACGUCAAUGUGUACUGUGAAAAAUAAUGAAAAGGUAGCAAGCGAGACUAUAUAACCAGACUAUCGCAUGCUCGAUGUGAAGCAGAGACAAUACAAAGCAAGAAAUGUAGAGCCGAAUACAUUACAUAUUCCCCCUCGAUGGUGAAAAGCAUAAAAUAGCACUGUGACCCUUCCUGACGAAUACACUUCCUUACCCUGUAUCUCCUCAAGAUCACUCGCACAUAUUACGCAAUGGUGUUCCAGGAAUCAUAAUUCACUGACAUAUCACCAACAAUGAAACGACCAGAUAGGAAGGGUGAGGAGGAAUCAAUUAUGUUCACCUACGAUUAUUCAGAGGUAGGCGAAAGACGCACAUGCGCGCACUGGACGACUAUCAGACCAUCGUCGGUGAACACGCUCAGUCACAGGCGUGUGUCGUUGCGAUUUAGUCAUUAUCAUGCUUGAUCGUUCGAAGUCGAGGUCUAUUGAGUCCACAACGGACGGUUGGAACUAUAGCUUCCAGCUGAACCGUUGGUUCCUCAAACCGAUCGGCACGUGGCCCCUGUCUCUCUGCGAGACCACGGCGGAGAGGAUCAGCUGUGUGAUCCUGAUAAUAAACAGUUGCUUCCUGAUAGGUUUCCUGCUGCUCCCAUGCACGCUCUGCACGAUCCUGGUGGACACCGAUCUCGAUAGCAAGAUCCGGAUGAUCGGGCCGCUCAGUUUUUUCCUGAUGGCCGCGGUGAAACAUUACAUUCUUAUCGCCCGCAACAAGGACAUCGGCGAGUGCAUUCGUCAUGUACACUUGGACUGGAGUUGCGUCGAAUUGAGCCACGAGAAAGACAGGGAGAUCAUGUUCGACAGCGCCCGAUUCGGCAGGUGGUUGUCCGUCGUCAGCGCGCUCUUCAUGUAUUCCGGCGGUUUGUUCUAUACCACGCUGAUGCCGCUCUUCGCCAAGAGAACGGAUAUCAUCAACAACGAGACAGUGAGAUUGCACGCGUUUCCGGUCUAUCGCCGCCUCUUUGAUCCGCGGGAUAGUCCGUUCUUCGAGGUCGUGCAGUUCAUGCAAGCUUUAGCUGGUUAUGUCAUUUAUACGAACACCAUCGGCGUUUGCAGUCUGGCUGCAGUGUUUGUCAUGCACGCUUGCGGGCAGUUCCAGAUUCUCAUGCUGAAGAUGGAGGACCUUGCAGAUGGCAAGAAGAGGAAGAGCGCUAGCAGCACAUCUGAAGAGAGACUCGGCGACAUCGUGAGGUGUCACAUUAGAAUACUCAGUUUUAUCACUCGUACUGAAGAACUUUUAAACGAGAUUUGCCUCGUGGAUGUAGUCGGAUGCACGCUCAACAUAUGUUUCCUAGGAUUCAACAUGAUGACGGAAUGGGAACAUCGCGAAACUUUAGGAACAAUGACCUACUGUUCGCUACUCAUAUCUUUCACGUUUAAUAUAUUCAUCCUUUGUUAUAUCGGAGAACUUUUGGCCGAGCAGUGCAUACAGAUCGGAAUAAAGGCUUACAUGAUAGACUGGUACCGGUUGCCGGGCAAAGGAGCCCUGGGUUUGACAUUAGUGAUGUCCAUGUCCAAUGCCACGAUCAAACUUACAGCUGGCAAAUUCAUGGACUUGUCCUUGGCCAGUUUCUGCAGCGUCGUCAAAGCAUCCGUGGCUUAUUUGAAUUUACUUCGUACUUUUAAUAACUGAUAUGACAGCCUCCUCAUUCUCGAGUGUAUCAUAACAACAUUAGUACUAAAGCAACGUACUCUUAAUUAUAGUUAAAUAUACGCUACCGUACUAUUCACUUGCUGUUGACCAUGUUACGUGAAUAAUUCUCGAUGUAUGCUAACAUAAAUUUGAGAAAUAAAUUUCUUCUUUCGAGA